AUGGAUGGCUCCCGUAUUCGUCAGCAACCUUCAGCUGUCAUGUUUCGGAGAAUAAAAUUCAAGAUGCUAGAUCAUCUACAUCCUUUUCAUAGUAUACCCGAUGGAGGGUACACUGAGAGCGUUUAUCAGUUACUCGCAGAGUAUCGGCAGGACGACACACCCCAAAAAACAGAUUUGAUGGUUGGUGUGUUUAAAACUGACGAAGGAACCGUUUACACUCUUUCUUCCGUGAUUGAGGCUAGAAAAAUGCUUUUCGCGAAUCCCGAAUGGCACUACGGAUAUCGUUCCUCUCAAAUCGGAACGACUGGCUACCUUCAAGCAAGCAUCGAUCUCUUUUUUGGGAGGGAUAGCGAGCUUGUCAGAGAUGGAAGAAUCGCCGCGACCCAAGCGCUAGGGGCGAGCGGUGCCUGCCAUAUGGCUGCCAUUAUGCUCGGGGAUCAUUAUCACCCUGAUACCUCAACAGCCAGACCCGUUGUAUACAUACCACGACAAUCAUGGUCGAAUCACGCCAAUGUCUUCGAGCACGUCGGUCUCCAGGUCGAUUAUCUCCCUUAUUUUGAUGCCGCCAUCUCCGACCUCGAUUUCCCGUUGUUUCACUCGGCAGUCGACAAACUUCCCGACCAUUCGGUAAUCGUUCUUCAAACAUCAGGCCAAAAUCCCACCGGUUGCGACCCGACCCGCGAAGAGUGGUUACAGCUGGCCAUGACUUGUGUCGAACGUGGACAUCUUAUUCUGUUCGAUGCUGCAUACUAUGGGAUGGCUACGGGCUGUGUCCGCCAAGAUACUGAGGGCAUUCGGAUCUGCGCGGAGGCCGGAGUUCCUGUCAUGGUGGCAGCUACAUAUAGCAAAUCAUUUGGUUUGUAUAGCGAGCGAGUCGGGUUUCUCGGUAUCACCACUCCGGACCCAGAAAUACGUCGAAGAGUUGAGAUGCAGCUCCGCCUGAUAACAAGAUAUGAAGCGGGUGGGUUCCCUGCAUUUGGAUCUAGUAUCGUGGAACUCGUGUUGUCAGAUCCACAUCUACUACUACAAUGGGAGAAUAAUACGCGUUGGAUGGCGUCUGAGCUGCAGAAUAGGAGAAAAAAGCUCAGGGCCAGGUUGGAGGAGCUCAAAACUCCUGGUGAUUGGACUUUUAUCACUCAACAGCGCGGAAUGUUUUGCCUGACCAAUCUCACUCAGCGACAAAUGAAUCUCCUCCGAACGUCUUACCAUAUUUACGUACAAGAUAAUGGCCGUCUUUCUAUCUCCUCAAAUAUCGAGCGAGUCGCACAGAGUAUCAAAGCCGUUGUCCAGGCUACAGGGCCAGAAUGA